GAAGCUUCCGUGUUAGAAAGUGAAAAACUCAGAGUAGUAAUAAGCAAAGAUGUUCAACGGUGGAAAACGUCUCGACACCUCCAGACCAUCAGUGAGGAGAGUGGAGGGGCGAGGACGGCACCGGUGAGCUUUUGUGGGAGGAAGCAUUACUUGUACUUUCCAACUCUGUGUGUGUGUUUUCUGUGGGUGCGGAAACCUUGCACUGCAAGAGGUUUGAAUGAAUGCAAAAUGAGUUGGUGGUCUUUAAAACGGCUCAAGGCACAGGGUUCACAUCACAUCACAUCGAUCUGUCCUGGAGAGAACACCAUGACGAGUAUCCUCCUCAUCUCGCUUGUAUUGGUAGCCGUGAUGGUGCAGACAGCCUCAGCACAAGGUGGCAUCUCAGCCUGCUGUCAGAAAUUCACCAGCACAAAAGUUCAUCGAGAAAUACUGAGGAGCUACUACCAUGAAGAUAAAUCAUCAUGCCGUCUACAAGCAGUUGUAUUCACAACAAUCAGGGGUAAAAGAAUCUGUUCCAGCCCCUUCAAUCUGUGGACAAAAACUAGCAUGGCCUUUCUGGAUGGCAAGAACUUUUGGGAAAGACAGUCAGACUUCAACAAGCAGCCCAACAGAAAGGAACGUCACUGACACCCUGAUCCUAUUGAGACUCAAUCGCUCCAUCUCUCAUCUUAAGCUGUUUGAGUUUAAUCACAUUUAAACUUCAGAACAUACCUCAGUUUAAUAAAAAUUACACAUCUGUUGUAUGUGACUUUUGUUUGUUUAUUUAAUAUUUUUAUAACUACUGUAAAAAUGUAAAUAAAUAUUAUUUUUCUAACUGAUUCAAGCUUGUUAUAUUAUCAAAAAGUAAAACUUUGUGAUCUUAAGAUUCAAAUCUGAAUAAAACUGGUGCCUAUUCUUUCUCAGCACCCACUCUU